AUGGAUCCAUCAGAUUUCAUGAAAGUGGGACUAGCUCUAGGAUUCUCUAACGCUCCACUCAACCGGUUCAAGGAAGACAAUACUGGCAGCACGAUGCUAGCUUCCUAUAAGAUGCUCUGUGAAUGGCUGAAGACAGUAUCAAAUGCUGAAGCUAGGGACAUACUAUCCGACAAGUUGCGAGGCGUUAACCUGGUACAGCUCGCUGACAGUGUGCAAAAAGCUCAUGUCGGUGAUCACAUUACAUCACUCACAAAAGAAGAAGUCCAGCUGGUCAUUACACAUAUUCAAACAUAUUACAGAAUUCAUCACUGUCAGAUUCAAGCAGAUCCACUGAAUAGCGAACUUCUUAUUCAAUUUGAUCGGAUUUUCACCAAUUUAACUUUAAUGGAAGAAGAUAAAGGAACAAAAAAUAAGACACCCCUGCUCUAUAAAGAUCUGCUUAAGACCAAAGUAAACGGCAUCUAUCCUAAGCGGUUGUUAGUUGAGGGCGAAGGUGGUGUGGGAAAGACAACGCUUUGCGCUAAGAUUGCUUGGGACUGGAUCCAUAAAACUGGAUACAACGAGUUCAGACUGGUUCUCCUCGUACUCCUUCGUGAAGCAGGAAAUCAGACUGUCGGGCAGAUUGUGAAGUCAUACCUUCCUGACGAUAACCCUGUCACAGACAAGCAGUUGGAUAAGUACUUCCUUUCAAAUCAAAAUGACGUUCUUCUUGUCCUAGACGGCUUGGACGAGUUUGCACAUGAUGUUGAAAGUUCUCAUCAAAUUGCAUUGAUUACUUUCAACCGGCUAUUCAUGUCUGGUAAAGUACUGAUCACAUCAAGACGAUGGAGAUCUGGUGAGAUUAGAAAGAACGCAAGUCUCAGAAAAGCUUAUGCUUUCAUUGCAGUAGAAGGUUUUUCGGCUAAAAAUCUGUCUUCCUACAUCGAGAAGUUCUUCCACCCAGACAAGACUUCAUCUGAGGAUUUGGAUCAAUUCAUAUCAAGUAACGAUGUGAUCAGAGAGAACAUGGCCCCCUAUCCAAUAUAUACAGCAAUGCUUUGCAUCAUGUGGAAAGAGUUUGACGGAGAGCGUCGCGUAGCAAUGUCAAAGCUGCAAACUUUUUCCCAGCUGUUUAGUGAAAUGGUCAAUUUUUUGGUUGACCAUUGCCUAUCCAAGCUCGAUAUAUCUUCAAACAAUGUUGAUGGAGAAAUGGAUAGGAAACGUAAGGAGAUUCUCUUUCAUCUAACUAAUAUUGGAUGUCUUGCCCUGCAAGGGCUAAGGGAAAGACGAUUAGUAUUUACAGAAGGAGAGUUCAAAAACUUUCCCGGGUCUGUCGAUAUAGGUUGCAAAGUUGGAGUACUAACUAAACAAACGCAAAUCUUUUCUUUGAGAACGAGAAGACAACAUUCACAGUCUGCAGCGCCAUCUGUACAGUUCCCUCAUAAGCUCUUUCAAGAGUAUCUAUCAGGAAUGUAUUUAGCAUCUCUUUACAACUCAAACAGAAGCGAAUAUGACAGGUUGAGGGAAGACAUCAUAGACAAAGCACGGGAAUAUCGGGAAUUGCUGUACUUUACAUCUGCCCAGAAAAAUGAAGUCGGAUUUGAUAUUAUUUCUCAUCUGAUAAAACAUCAACAAACUGUUGAUUACUCUGGCUAUUAUAGGCCUAUCAACGAUGACUUCCUCGUUGACGUAGGCUAUGAAAGCCAAGACCAAACAGUGGCUAAAAUUGUGGCAGAUCAUCUGUCGACUUCAUCCAGCAAAACUCUGGGAAUCAUCCAUGAGAUGCAGGCACACACUGUAUCAGGACAUAUUUUCAUCAUUAAUCAUCGUCAAGUGGAGAACCUGGUAAUUAGAAAAUCAUGUGGACGGACUGUUUCAGAGGAUCUGGCUGAAUUCAUCUGCUCCUCACGAACUUUGAAGUCAGUAACUAUACAGAUGGAUACGAACAAUUACUCAAGGACACAACCUGAGCUGAUCAAUAUGCAUGAUGUAUUCUUUUCAGUACUGGAUGGUAAAGCACAAGACUCCAAGCGGUUUUGA